UGCACUCACUCCACACACCCCCAGUCAUCUCCACACAUCCACACACUGGCCACCACACACUUCGUCUCAGCCACUCAGCCGCGCAUUGCAUUCAUCGGCGGGCCAUGAGAGACACCAGCCGCGGAACGGGCGGGUGUGAAGCCGCCGUGCGGCACCCGGGGCCAUCCGCUAAAGGCAGGCCCCGGCCAUCCGGCAGCACCAGCACCAGCAGCAGCAUGGAGGAGAUGGCCGUCCCGGCGAGUGAGCUCAGGAUUGGAAGACACGCGCAACAGGUGAGGGGGCCGCAUUGGCCGCAUCGCUGUCGCUGCUGCUGCAGUAGGGGAGAGGUGCGACUGCACCAUUGGCACUGGCUGGGCCCUGACGACCAUAGACAAGCCAGGGACCACCCGGAUGGGCGGCGGCCGCCAGGGGGACUGCGUAAAUGGCAGUGAGACACGGACAGGCAAAGGGCUUGAUCCUAGCGACGACCGGGCAGCAGCAGCAGCAGCAGCAGGAGGAGGGGCGGUGCUGUGAGGGUGGGUCAUGAGUCGCUGCGGAGCCGCGGUCUGCGAGCGGUAUAUAGCAGGGCGCCGGGGAUGAUGUGUGGUGGGAUUGCUACUGGAAAGAGAAACACACAAGAGAAAAUAAGAAAGGUGAUGGAAUCAGGCAGUGCGCACUGUCCCCGCGCCUACCGUGGCGGCUGGGUGUUCGUCUGUGGUUCUUGCUGCUGAGCAGUGGGUAUCUUCUUGUCUUGAUGCAGCACCUGGCGUUGGCAAACUCACUCACUCAUUCAGAGCUCUUUCUGCUUUCCUUACCGCCCCGUUGUCAUUCUUCACCUGAUUUGUCGCCUUGUCAUCGGUCGCUGUGGACCCACGCGCCCUCUGGUGGUUUGAAGCAUGGCAGGCUGCCGCGGUGCGAGGCGGGGGAAGAAUGAGGGCAUCGGUUGUCGGUCUGCACAAAGCAAGAAACACAUUCCGUGUCUCUUCUUGGUCGAAAUCGUCACUUGGCGGUCGGCGUGUUAUGGUUGCAGAGAGCUGCUGCCAUCGAGAGCGGGCUCUGCUUGUCGCGGACAUCAAAGAGAGGCACGGGUGAGGUCUGGGUGGCAGAGUCUUCCAUCUGCGCUUGUGCGCCAGGUGGUGGCGAGUUCGCCCGCCUGGCCGUCAGCACGUCAGGCGACAAAGACGACAGAAAAUGGGCGAGGAGGUUCCCGUACUCCGCCUUCGAGCCCUCAAAUCCCAUUGGACACGGGUCGAGGUCCCCAGCUGCCGACACCUGGCGAUCGACGCUCUCGUCGUCUCGGCUGGCCCUCCUCCUCGAGAGAGUGUCUUUUGUGCUCUCGCGGGUGAUCAGCCGCUGCUUUGGCUGAGCUGCCUUCUCUCCCUCUUGCUGCUGUUGCGGUUGAUGCUGUGUGGGGUCUGUGACAAGGGACAGCGACUUGCUCCGGUGCACCAACGAGCGUCGCCUGUUCCGCACAAGUGCCAGCCGCAGCCUCAACUUGUCCCUGUCUUCCUUGUCCCUCCUCUCCUUCUCCAGCCGCCGCGCCGACCGCUCUGUGCGUAUUGUGAUGUCAAUGUUGAGCGGGUCGCUGUCGGUUUGCUGUGGCGGCUCGACUGUGGGUGGUCCAUAGGCGUAGAACGGGGUUGCGGGAAGGGAUAUCACCUUCUGUGACGGCCUGGGGGCAGGGGCACCGACGUAUGGGUGGAAGAAGGGCUGUGGGGUGUUGGGCGAUCGGGGCAAGAAGCUCUGCUGAGGCGGCGUGUGGAUGGGUAGGGGAGGGAGAGGGCUGUAUGGCAUGUAGAAAAAAGGCGGGCGAGGAUUGGGGAGCGGACAGUGGAUCAAUGGUGGGUGAAAUGGCGGCACCUUGCUUAUCGGACGCUGCUGGUACUGCUGCUGUGGCUGCUGCUGCUGUGGCUGUGACUGCUGAAGUGGAGGGGGCGGCGCUUUGCUCACAAUCGCUGGACGCUGCUGAGUGACUCGAGGAUGGAAGGAAGGCACAGAAGGGCGGCCGGCCAUGCUGUAACCAUAUGGAACCAAAGUCGCGUCGCGCGUGGCAGCAACACGCCUCUCCACGCACUCCUUCUGCCGGACCCUCUCAGCACUCCUCGGCCUCUCCGCAACACGUUUCCUCUCCCUCUCUGGCGGGCCAGCCUUCCACACAUGAGGGCCGUGUCUCAUGCCGGCGGCACUCUGCGUGUUUCUCCUCUCCGGCCCUGUCGAUCGGCUUCUCUUCAGCUCCUUCCUGCUCAGCCGCGGCAUCCCGAGUGGCGUCUUCUCCCACUCCACACAUCGCCCGAAGGCAACAGUGUAUUUCUUGCAAUCAGGUGGGAGCUGUCGCGACAGCAGGUCUUGCUUGGGCGGCUGUGAGGAGUAUGUGGGGAUGUUGGUGGUGGAGCCUCUGCGGAUCUUCGGGCGGCUGUUGACUGAGGCGGGAGGAGCCGAUGCGGCUCGCUGUGCGGCUCCCCGAUUGGGCGGUGGGCUUUCGAGAGACACUUUCUCCUCCUGCGCACAGUAGAUGUAUCGUUGAGACGAUCGUGCACGCGGCAUGAUGUUUCUGUCUCUCUUUUGUCAAUUCUCUCGUACCGCCGGUCUGUUCUCCUUGUCAAUUCUCAUGUUCUCUACAAUGGCUUUCUUGACAUGCUCGAGGGAAGGCACCUUUGCAAACCUGCUGUCUUCCUGGGCGCUCUGCCUUGCCUCCGCCUCAACACGCCCGCGCCUUUCCUCCUGCUGCACCUUCCUGGCAAACACAUGCGACGCCUCAGCCCGAUGAAACCCAGCUGCUAUCGCGGGCACCGGCCGCUUCUGGCUGCCGUCUCUCUCAGUCGCCUUCUGCUUCUCCUCAAAGCCUUCCUGCUUCUCCUGCUUCUCUUCAUCGCAGUCAAUUGUGGUCGAUCGCGUCCGCUUCUUGGCUUGCUGUGGCGGUGGCGGCGUUUGCUUUUCUGCUGGUGCCGAUGCCGAUGCGGGGAGAGGUGAUGGGGCGACGGGAGAGGCGAAUGAAGAGGGGAGGGAGGGGGUGUAGGUGCUUUUGGAGGAGGGAGGGUGGAUGCAGGCCCUCUGAAAGAGCGUCACGAAGCGCGCCCACGAGACGGUGUCUCGCAGGAGUUGCGGAGGGUCGGUCGGGUGGUACUUGACGACAAGCAGAGGCACGAUGCUCACACUAUAAACACACGUACACACACACAAAACAGAGUAGAUCGGAGACAGACACCUGGAUCGAGCGAGUCAAUCACCUGUCGAGCUGCUCAAAGAUGCACUUCAGGCACAGCGUCAAUAUGGACUUGGAAUAGGGCACCUCGUCGCCGCCACCAGCAGCACCAGCACCAGGAGCCCUGCGCCUCUUGCCAUCUCCAGGAAUCAACGCCAGCAACACCAUUCUGCAGCCAACACACACACACACACGCGGAAUGGGCGGUUGCAGGAUAUUUGUCUCUCGACGGUGACCUGAGAGCCUCAAUUGAUGUUCGGAUGGAGACAUCGACAGUGCUGGCGGCCAUGGGGCUGUGAGGCGGGGCGGGCGGUGCGAGAUCGACAAACCAGAUAAAUGCCUCCCUGCAAGCCGCUCACACAAGCAGCGGCUCAGAGACAGACGCACACAGAGUAUAUCUGCUGUCUUGUUCAUGCCUUGCUGGUGGGACGGCUGAGGGGCGUGUGGUUGCCUCCAGGUGCUUCAGGCACUCCGAGACACGAAUCUGCGCACACAGAGGGUGAGGUGGGAUGAUCGCAGCGCUUCAGUCCUUACGAUGAAGAAGGUGUGCCCGGUCGAUGUCUCAGGGUUGAGGGCCGUCUGCUCGAGAUGGCGGUACGCAUCCCCUUUGAAGAUCUGUUGGUAGCCCUCCUUCUCGUUCUUGACGCUGACAGAUGACAAACCGACCAAAUCUACUCGCCCCCUCGCCUCCUUGACAUACACCUGCACACACAGACACACACGAUGUCCACAAGCUCUCUCUCUUGAUGCCUGUCCGCCUUGCAGCACCCUUACUGACCGGUCUGCCGCCUUGCAGCAGGUCAAUCGCCUCCCCCCGGAAAAUCUCGAAAAAGGAAAUCCGCAGCUCACGCUUUGUGUCCUCGUCUCUCGCUAGUUGGAACAAGUGCGAAAUGGCCCUCGGAAUCAGCCCCCGCUGGUCGAAAUGGGAAGCGCCGCCUGUGGUGGUGUAAGUCUUGCCAGCAUUUGAGCCGCCUAUGGCAACGAAGAGGGCGGUCCGAAAGGAUCGGUAGAAGGCCUCAACGGCUGGACGGGCGACGGCAUCGUACACCUGCUCCUGUGAGGUCUCUGCACACAACAAAGCCGACCAAUCCUCUCACUGAUCCACUCCGCCCAGCCAUCGCAGAGAGACGACGCGCACCUGGCCCAAGGACUUUGUCGAAAUGAAACCGCACCACACGAGCCCCUCCCUCUGUCGGCCCAGUGCAAGCAGCCUUACUGCGGCCGAACUCGACACAAUCGCUGCCGUAGCUCAUGCCGCCGUCGUCGGUUGAGGAGCGGCCAUUGAUCAGGCAGGCCGAGAACGAGCGGGGCUUGUCGUCAGGAGGCAAUGGGAUGGGCACCGACGGCAGCGAGUCCUCCAUGUCUGGAGGCAUGAAGGACGUCCACGUGUCGUUGAUCUCCCGCCCCUCGGUGGGUUUAGCCCUGGGAGGUGAGCUUGGUCCGGCUGGCAGGGGCGGGCUGGUGCCAGUGCCGGCGAGUUGUGCGGACUCGGAGGCUACGACAGUAACACCAUCCUCGGAGUCCUUCGUUGCGUCCCCCAUGUCGGGAUCUGUCAAAUGGAUAGGAGACUUCACCUUCUCUUCCUCAGGCUCAACGGGA